AUUUGUGUUAUUUUUUCAAAAAAAAAAAAAGAAGAAAAAAAAGAUUCUCCUGUAAUGUUAUUUAUUGGCGUGGCUCUGAUGAUAAAAUAGAAGAUCAUGAAAGCAAAAAUUGCGAUGAAGAGGAUCGAGAAUGCAGCAAAUAGACUCGUGACCUUUUCCAAGCGUCGAAAUGGGCUGCUUAAGGAGGCUUUUGAGCUUUCUGUUCUCUGUGAUGUCAUGUUGCAGUUAUCAUCUUCUCACAAAAAGGAAGACUUUAUGAGUUCUCAUGCUCCGUUAUAUAUCAAGAAUGGCUCUCGUGAUAUGCUUUGCUACUGGAACAAAUCCAUCUGAGUACGUUUGGCCUUUCUCAAACAUGUCUGUUAUGGUUUGCAAAAGCUUUGCUGCUAGGAACUAGAAACUGUAAUUUUAGUUUUUAGCCUGCCACCAUUUCAAUUUACAUAUUAAUUAGUAGAAAUUAAAUCUGGAACUAGUUUUUGUCCUUUUCUUUAUAUAUAGUGUAUGAUAUCACAUAUGCUUUAGGAAUUAUGUUAAACCCUCCAAUCUUCACAAUAAAAAUUUGAGACUGCC